UUCCUAUCUCUUGGUCUGGGGCAGAGGGCGUGGCCAUUGGCCCAUGUGACACGCCGCCCUCCUCGCAGGCGAAGAGACUCCUCAGCGGCCUCAACAACAACAACAACGACAAGGAAGGGAGACAAGAGGAAGCCCGCCUGCCUGCUUACUUGGUAGGGCGGGUGGGAGGGAUGGCAGAGGCCGUGAAGCCCCGGAGUCGGGCCAAGACCAGCCGGGGCAGAGCCAAGGAAAAAAAGAAAAAAUGUGAAGAGGAGGAGAGAGUUGUGUCUCAGCUGUCCAUUCUGGGUCCAAUUGGCGAUCAAGAAGGACCUUCUCAGUCCAGUGACACCCAUGUGGAACACCUUCCAGAGCCCAGGCUCUGUCAUGAAGCUACUGAGAGAGAAAAUGCAAAUGAUGCCUGCGAUGCCCCACCAAACGUGGCAACCCUAGAAAAUGAAGGAUCGCCAGAAACUACUGUAUCAGAGUCCCCAAUCAAGGAGGAAGAAUUUGCAGCAAGAGCUGUACGGGAGGCAAAAAAUCUUGGGGAAAACGCAGUGAACCCUCAGAGCCUCACUGAAGCAGUUGUUAUGGAAAGUUCAACCUGCCCCAUACCGGAAAAUAAUGCAUUUUGCACGGCUUCUCCCAUGGGAAAUGGGCAUGAGACGGAAGCUGGGAAUGUACACAGCGAAAAACAGUAUCUUUCCCAUUCUUCAGAAGACGUUCUUGCCACCGUCUCUGUCCCCAGCAAAGAUAUCGGCGAACACCUUCGGAACUCUGGUUUCAAAACUCUUUAUCCGGAACUCCCAUUGGAGUUAUUCGGAGAGCGGCUGCAGCUCCCAAAGGAGAGGCUGUAUCCUGAGAUCCCAGUGGAACCAGAGCUGGUGCCUUUUACCAGAGAGCAGCUGAAGGUCUUUGAGCCCUGUUCCUGGUUGGAGAAUGUCGAUUCUUAUGCGGAGGAGUUUGGGACCAUUGUGCACCAGGAGAGGCACGAGUUCUUUGAGUUGCUGUUGAACUACUGGCGCUGUCGCAAGCAGUUGCUUCUCGCCGAGGCUGAGCUGCAGACCAUCGCCUCGGAUUGCCAAAGCGUCAGAGGCCGGCUGUGGACUUUCAAGGACGAGCAGCAAUCCGUCCAGGGUGUCUGUGUUGAUCAGUGCAAAGUGUCCGGCCGCCAUUGUUACCAAACCGUUGAGCUGAAUGAAGGUGCCUUGGGAGACCUGAAGAGGCUCUUUGAAGCCCAAGCUGAGCAUGUGCACCAGACGCUGGCCUUGCACUUGUACACCUCUGUGUUGUCCCGCCUGCAGGUGGAGUCUUACAUCUGUGGAUUGCUACAUCGCUCUUCCUUGCUGAGGUCUGUGGGCAUUCAGCAACAGGAGCCAGUACUGAAACAAGCAAAAGACAUUUCCUCAGAUGUGGGCCCCUUGAAGGAAUGCAUCAGCGUUCUCUUCAGUUUUACCCGCCGAGUUGUUGAAGAUCCUCAGUUUGAGAGAGAUGUCCUCUCGUGGCUUCAGAGGCUGGUGGCCGUCUUGCAAAAGGUUGGCUCUCCAGGGGACCAUCUUUUCCUCUUAAACCACAUCCUUCGCUGCCCAGCCGGUGUCAGCAAAUGGGCUGUUCCAUUCAUUCAGAUCCAGGUUCGGGGUAACCCAUCCAGCGUCUUUCAUUUUAUGCAGUCCCUUGCUUUGCUUAUGUCUCCUGCCAAGAAUCGAGCGGAGUUUAUGUGCCACAUGAAGCCAAGCGAACGGAGGACCUCCUCCUCAUCCGGGAAGGAAUCUGGAAACUGGACUUUAGUUGAUGAAGGAGGAGAAGAGGAUGAAGAUCCUGAUACUAGCUGGGUUCUUCUUCUGGAAGAUGACUUAAUUGCACUGCUGUCCCAGUUCCCCUUUCAUGAACUCUUCCAGCAUAUCCUUGGAUUUGAUUCUCAAGGCAUUUAUGUUCCAGAAAAAACCACCCCCCAAGAGAUGAUGAAAAUAUUUGCGUUCGCGAACUCUUUAGUGGAACUUCUUGCUGUGGGACUGGAAACAUUCAACAGAGCCCGUUACAGGCAGUUUGUGAAACGGAUCGGCCGCCUCAUCCGGAUGACCCUUUGCUAUGUGAGUGAUCACUGGGCGCAGUAUGCCGGCCAUGCUAAAGACUGUGGCUAUGCAACACACUCUUACUCUGUCGAGAAACUGCAAGUGGAGUUUGAUGAGCUGUUUCUGAGGGCUGUGCUCCAUGUUCUGAAAGCAAAAAGGCUCGGGGUGUGGCUGUUUAUGUCUGAGAUGCCAUAUGGGACCCUGUCCAGUAAUAUGCUCUGGAAGCUCUUCUCCAUCAUGCACUGCGCAGAAAGCGAGAACUUGGAGAAGUUAGGUGCCACGGUGCAGCUCGCAGACUGCAAAUGCAAACUCAAAGACCCAGCCCACCUGGCGAGUUUUGAGAAGUAUCUCCAGUCGAUGAACGGCUCUGAGGAGAUCUGCCUGCUGACGACGUUUGCCCAGAUGGCUCAGACGAAACGGGGUGAUGUGGACCAGGACUUUGUCAAAGUCAUUGUGCUGGAGAUCUACGAGGUGUCUUAUGUCAGCCUUUCCACAAGAGAGACGUUUUCAAAAGUUGGCCGGGAGCUCCUGGGAGCCAUUACCACUGCCCACACAAGCAUGAUUUCUGUUCUGCUGGACCGAGUCAGGGAGACCAUUGAAAGGGUCGGCAUGGUUUCCCUUUAUUUGUUUAAAGAGCUGCCAAUGCAUCUCUGGAAGCCAUCUGCGUCGGAGGUUGCCCUGAUCCGCGACUGGCUGCUGAAUUACGGCCUGACUGAAGUUGAGAACAAGCUAGCUUGCGUUAUCCUAGAAGGGCUGAACUGGGGACCUUGUGAGCGUCAGGGCGGCCUUCAUCUCGACCCAGCGGUCCACGCUGAAGUUGCACUCAUGGUCUUGGAAGCGUACCAAAAGUACCUCUCCCAGAAACCGUACAGCGGGCUCAUCUCUGAAAGCAUCAAGCAGGUCUCCUACCUGGCCAGCAUUGUCCGUUACGGAGAGACGCCUGAAACCUCCUUUAACCAGUGGGCCUGGGGCCUGGUUCUGAGAUUAAAACUGCAUGUGAAUGAUUACGGUGUACAGCCUUCUGUUCCUGCCUCUGGAGCGACGCUUGAGCUGACGGAAUCGCCCACGUUUCACCCGCUGCUGAAGGCUGUCAGGUCGGGCCUCCCCAUCGGCUGCUACUUGGCGCUUGUCAUGACGACGGUGGGGCAUAGCAUUGAAAAGUUCUGUGCUGAAGGGAUCCCACUUGUGGGCAUUCUGGUUCAGUCGAGGCAUCUGAGAACAGUCGUUCACUUGCUGGAUAAAGUCCUGCCUUUGUUCUACCCGUGCCAGUAUUACCUACUGAAGAAUGAACAGUUUCUUUCGUGCCUCCACCAGUUUCUUCAGCUGGAUAGCGGCGUUCCCCAAGGGAUGACUCAGCAAAUGACACAAAAAGUCACUCAGCACUUAACUGGGACAAGUUAUGGCAAAAACGUCAAGCUGCUCAACUGCAUGAUUCAGAGUCACAUUUUUAUAAACAGUCUUCCCAACGGACUUGGGCCCGCGGCUGUGUUGGAGUUCUGGGUCGAGGCCCUCACCAGCCAGCCGCUCUGGCACAGGGAGAGAGCCACGCUCUGCCUGAUGGAUCAUUUGUGCCAAGCAGCUUUUCAGUUUAACCAAGAGGACUGUGUGCAGAAGCUGCUCUAUCAGCAACACAAGAAUGCUUUGGGGUACCACUGUGACAAGGGGCUGCUCUCUUCCUUAGUCAGCUGGAUUGUGGCCGGCAACAUUACCCCUUCUUUCAUCGAGGGAAAUGCAAAUUCCACACAGGUGUGGUUUGCAUGGACCAUUCUGAAUAUGGAGUCCAUAUUUGAAGAAGAUUCCCAGCUUCGUAGAGUUGUGGAAAGGGAGUUAGUCACCAACUCUUUGACUCCUGAUCAGGCUCUGAAGAAAGCUCAGAACCAGCUGAAGCUGCCCAUCGUGCCUUCUCUUCAGCGGUUGCUGAUUUACCGCUGGGCCCAUCAAGCCCUUGUUACUCCUGCGGAUCACCCCCUCCUUCCGCUCAUCUGGCAGAAAUUCUUCCUCCUCUACCUCUAUCGCCCAGGCCCCCAAUACGGGUUACCUGUAGAUGGCUGUAUUGGGAAAAGGUUUUUCCAAAGUCCUGCUCACCUUAGCCUAUUAAGUGACCUGAAGCAACGCCUGGUUGAGGAUGCCGACUUCCACCACUCUGCCAGCAAAGCGCUACGGCUGGAGAACCCGGUGGGGUGCACUAAAAACCUAGUGGAGAAAGGAUGCGGCCAGCCCAACUACCUGACCACCCCUGAACUGCACAAGGAGCUUGUCAGACUUUUCAACACAUAUGUCGUGUGGCUGGAGGAAGACAGCUUUCAGAAAGGGGACACGUAUAUUCCCUCCUUACCGAAGCAAUACGAUGCCUACAGGCUCGCCAAGAUCAUGCAGAACCAGCAGGAUUUGUGGAUAGAAUUUGUCAAUGUUGAACGCAUCCAGCACGAGUUCCAGGAAGUUCUGGACUGUUGGUUUCAAGUCAAGGUAGAAUCGCAUGCUGCCUCCAGCACUUCGUCAGUGCAUACAGACUUCACUAACCCUUCAUUAGCCAAAGAGAGAAUUAUCAGCAGUUUGAAGAAGUAUGAUGCACUCCAACCUCCUCUUCCCCUUCAGCUGAUGAAGGCUCCUGUGCCUGUCAUUUCUCCUGCUAGUUUGGUAAAUCAGAGAGAAGCCAAAGAGCUGCUUCGUGCCAACCUCAGCAUCCUCCAGCAGCAUGCCAAAUCUGCAGCACUCCGAGAGUCCCAGCAAGUUGCUUUCAACAGUGAGGUCUUGGAUACGCUGCCAAAACUUUAUACCAAUAGAGAAGAUCAAGUUACUCUUCAUCUGGAGUGUCGGGGCAGUUCCGGGAAAAGUUGCCAGGGAGCAGCUCUUGUAACAGUCCAGUUUGAAGGAAAGCACAAAAAUGAAGCCAUCAGUCAGCAGCUUCAUGCGCUGAAGAAAGAAGUGAAGCAGCUGCAGGCAGAAGCCACUAAGCCUCCUCCUUUGAGUGUUGUAGAAGCUGCUGUCCACAUGGAAAACUUUAUAACAGCUUUGAUAAAUAUCUAUAAGCUUCAGUCUACACCUGGGAUUCACAGAGUUGGGAUCAGUCUGUUCUUUGCAGUGGUGGAAUUUGUCUGUGAUGAAACGCAACGCCAUCCGCCUGCUAGACAGUUCUUCACUUCCUGCAUUGAGAUCCUUGGCCAAGUGUUCAUCGCAGGAACUAAAUCUGAAUGCAAGCCAGUGCUCCUAACAGUUCUGAAGAAUCGGAGGCUCUGCACCCUCCUUUCUCCUUACUUCACUCCUGUCGCCUCCCCAGAGGAAUUUGUCAACUUGUAUGAGAAAGUUGUGUCUUUUCUUGGUGAUGACAACAGUGAUGUCAUUUUCAUGCUACUCACAAAGUUUGACCUCCCUCAGUGGUUACACAGCUCAAAGCCCCCACUCUCGGAGCGUACCAGACUUCUGGAGUCCAUCCACUUGGCUCUCAAGGCCUGUGGCUUUGAACCCGAGGAAGACAUUCUGAUGCCCUUUUCUAUCUUCUGCAAGCAUUGGACUUGCCUCCUCCGGUACCAGUUCCCCGACCACUACAGCAGUUACCUGCGGAUGCUCAUGCAAAGUUCCUCGGAUCAGCUCCUGAGCCCUCGCUGUUGGAAGGCAUCCCUUAAAGCCUUGGGUUGCAGCUCCACAACAGCUAAGAAAGAUGUCGCCAAAGAGAAGUCCAAUAAAAAUAUUGCGCUGCAAACAUCAGUGGAGCCAUUUCUGUCAACAGAACAGGUCAUGGAGGCAAUAGAAUGGUUUUCCGACUACUUCCACAAGCUACGUUUGUCUUCGCAAGACUUCCGGAGCUUUGGUUUGUUUUCAAAAUGGGCUCCCUACAUAGCCGAAGUGACACGCUUCAUGGAGUAUCUUAUCAACCGUCUUGUUGACUCGGAAGUUGUCAGCUUGGCACUAGAGCCAGUAGGCAGCCACAAGGUUCUGGCAGCCCUGCGCUCUUUGCAUUUAGUCAUCACCAGACUCUUCAAGCCUUGGAUUCUGGUUUUAGAGAGAGAAGAUGCAAGCAAACAGCCCUGUUACCCGUGGCUGGAGAGCGACACUCCUGUAGCUUCAAAUACGGUGCAGUUAUUUGCAGGCAGCAUUGGCAUUUUGCAUGAGAGCUUUAAAGAUAAGCUGCUGCCAAGCUACCACGGGGCGCUGUGGCUGCACCUGAUGCACUAUUGUGAGACGUGCACUGCCCCUAAAAUGCCGGAGCACAUCCUCUAUACAUUCCAUGCGGAGUUUGGCCGCCUUCCUUGGAAGGAAAUGCACCCAGACCGGCACCUUAUGGAACAGUUCUUUAAAGUUGAAAGAGGCAGUCCCAAAAGCUGUUUCUUAUUCCUGGGCUCGGUUUUGUGUGAAAUCAACUGGGUCAGUGUCCUCUCCGGUGCCUGGAAUCCCAACCCACCUCCAGGAACUCAGGACAUGAUUGUGUGUCUGCUCUAUAUGGUGGUCCUGCUGGCAAAGGAGGAGGAGCUUAUCACCAGAGAGGAGUCACCGCUGCUCAGCCUCCUUGGCCAGACCAGCUCCCUCCCUUGGCAGCACGUCAGCAUUUUGUCCUAUCAGAGCAUCCUUGGUUACUUCAACAGCCACUAUCCUCCCUCCAUCAUCCUGGCCAAGGAGCCCGUGGCAGAGCUGAUCAUGAAGCUCCUAAAGAUAUCUGCAGGCUUUGGGACCUCUUCAGAUAGCCAUGCACAUCUCGAUGCAACCCCCAAGUGCAGAGUCUACAUUCACCAGGUCGUCCAUUUUCUCAGCAUCCUGGAGCAAAAUGGGAAAAUAACCCUGUCGGCUCUGGAACAGGAGAUGUCGAAGCUGCUAGACGAUAUUGCCCUCUUUAAUCCUCCAGACACAGACAUGCAGGCUCGCCACUUGGCCUUGAGUAGCCUCUUCACUGAAGCCCUGAUGAUGAUGAAUAAUGCCAGCUUUUCUACAGCGGAGUCUCUCCGGGUCAGUUUACGAGGCUGGAUUGACGCCGCAGUGCAUGGCUUGGGGGUGAUGCCUCUAUUAACAGCCGCAUGUCAGAGUCUUGCAUCAGUCCGACACAUGGCAGAGACCACGGAAGCUUGUGUCACUGCCUAUUUUAACGAAGACUCUCUGCUGAGCCAGGAUAUGGGCUGGGGGCCAAUCAUGGCCUCCUUGCAGGUCCCAGAACUCACAGCCGAAGACUUUUUGCAGGAGUGCCUUUCCUUGGGAGGCUACCUCACGCUUUACGUCUACGCGCUGCAGCGGAUCAAUGCCGAGCAGACUCUGGCCAAUGAAAUGAGAGUGCUGCUAAUGCUCAGCAAGUGGCUGGAUCAGGUCUAUCCCAGCUCCACGAAGGAUGAAGCCAAGCUGUUCCUUUGGUGGCACAAGGUUCUGCAGCUCUGCCUCCUCCAAACGGAGCAGGACGAUGCCAUCCUGAUGGAGUCGGUCAUCCGGAUACUGAUGUCUCUGCAAGGCAGGCAGAACCUGCUGGCUGAAGAACGGCUCACGUCUGGAAUACUCGGCAUCCUCGGGCUGGGCAGGAAAUCUCCUUUAUCAAACAGGUUCCAUGUGGCUGCCCGGAGCAUGUCAGCUUUCCUGUCGGUACAGAUUCCUGUGGAGAAUCAGAUGCGGCUGAAGCCUGGCGUGAAACUGCACCUCUCUGCCAAAGCUCAGCAGGCACUGAGUGCUCUUGAUUCCAUGACUUCAAACAAACAAUACACGGAAUACCAGGAGCAGAUCUCCCAAGCCUCCCAGUUCAUCAGGGACCCCCGCCGUUGCCUUCGUGAUGGGCCGAACCUUCUGGCUAUCCUCGUCAACACUUUGUACCCAGAAGUGCAUUAUUUGGAUGCCAUACGAUAGCGACAGGUGAGGGCAGGGGGCCUGGCCCUGCCUUGUGUUACGGUCACAGAUUCUCUUCAGUUUACGGUCGGCAAUGAUGUUGCACGAGUGACUGUCAUCCACAGGGUUCCACUUUGUCUAAGUGGUGGAAGAGAGAGAGAGAAGGGCAGACAUUAGAUAGUCUGGUUUGAAAACCAGCUUGGGGUUUUUCAUAGCGCUACUUUAAAAUCUGCACAGACCUCUUGGGUUUCUGCCAAGCCACAACACCUCUCUGGCUUUUUUGGAACCUAGUCGUAACAGCAUGAUUCAGGGUUUAGUGGAGCUCCCAUUUAGCUUUCCAUGGGACUCAUGGAGACCUUUACACUGGGAUUGUUCUUUAAGUCUGUCAGGGGUACUUGAGGAGGGUUGAUGAUCCACCGUUCUGGAAAUAAUGCAGCCUGUCCUUGGGUGCUUCCCCUCCCCCCCUCACUUUUUCAACUUAAUUUUGUUUUUUUUGCCUCUUCCCCCCCCCCCCCCUUUUUGUUUGACUCUGAAAUAUUUGGGCCAGUCCGGACUCACUGGCCGUAUCUAGUCAGAAUUUUGGACAGUCUUUUUAUCUCCUCAAUUCACCUCCAUCUACUCAUCCUGGAUGUUUGUGAUGUGUUUUCAGAAUGGAUCCUAAUGAGCUAAACCACCUGCAUCUUUGGCCCACCUGUGUUAGCAGAAGCUGGAUUCAUUUAUUUAAGGAUGUGUGGGAGGUGGGAGAGCUGUCCUAAGUCACAGUACUUAACUUCCUUAUCAUGUGUGCGGAAUAAGUUACUUGUUUUAUUACCAGGCGGUAAAAUGAACGAAGAACAAAGGUGGGCUUUUUCCUUAGAUCUCAGCAGCAUAGAGAAGACAGCAAUUUAUUAAUUACAGGAUUAUUCUUCAAAGAGUUUAAUUAGGAACAUUGCAGGUUUUUUAUAUUUGUACCAUUGGGACCAUGUAUGCUGGCAGGUUAUCACAAGAUGCACAGGAUUCUUCUCACCUGGAGCAGAGCUCUGUACAGUUCAGAAGCUGGCUAUCCUAUCCUUGAAAUACAUCAUUUGAAUCAUUUGGGUUCUUUCUGUCAAUAUUAUAAAGUAUGUUGUUUUCUCUUCCCUCAUUUCCCCCCCUAAACUGAGGUCCCUAAUCUGCAGUCGUAUAUGAGGUAAGCUUUACAGCAAUCAAUUGGACCCUUCUAGUUGUUAUGAUAAGGGCACUAAUUCUGUGGAAGAAGCAGCAGUAAUGUGGCCUUUCCUGUAUGUCCGUCUUGUGAGGCUCAGUUUGACACUCCAGAAUGAUCGAUCCAAAUCUUGCAAUAUAAGGAAUACAACUAUUAUUGUGACAUCUGUUUUUGUCUGUGUGUAUAUGUUGUGGCUCUCAAGCUGUAUUUCCUGGCUUACUGAUUUGUUCAGUUAUUCUUGCCUUAUUUGAGUAAUUUCGAUAAGACUUGCUCUCUUUUGAGGGAAAAAUUAAUUGAAAAGACCAUUAAUCGCCUCCACACACCCUAGAGGCAAUCCACUAUGCCAAGGAUAGCCAAUAUGGUGCCAUCCAGAAGUUGUUGGACCUCCCACUGGCACCAGCCAGCAUGGCUAGCAGUCAGGGAUGAUGGGAGUUGUCAUCCAGCAACAUUUCGGAGGCUGCAGAUUUCCCAGCCCUGUACUAAGUGCAACUGCUGAAGGUGCAAAUGGGCUUAGCGCAAGUAUUUUAAGCUACAUUGAAAUGAACAGAGAUGGUGACCCUUUGGCAGGUCUCUUGAUCAUUUCUUGGCGGCGUUUGAUUCACUUGAAUAGAUCCUGGCAAACUCUUUGGGCACGUUCUGUGCAUCGCUUGGGAAUUUCCCCCUGGUUUAAAGAUACUUUUCUUUUCUGAACUCAUCAGUAAAAUGAGAGUGCAUUUCAGCUUGAAAAUGUGAUUGCGUUUUCAGACUUAUAGCUCCACUUAGCAGGUGAGCUUUUUUGCCUGACUUUUUUCCAGCUCUUCAGCAUCUUGCACUGGCCAAAAAUGUUGUAGCGUCAGUGAUUGCCUUCAAUUAAUCACUUCAGAGACUGCAAAUCCCACAAUAGUUCCCUUUCUUGCAUUGCCAAAGUAUGCAAAUAAGGUCUUUGCGGCAGAACUCUCAUUGUGGAAUAAGCUUCCAGAUAGAUGCAUCAGGAUCGCCCUUUGGUGCGCUGGUAAAAAAAAUGUUGGUGGGUGGGGCACUUCAAGUGUUGAGGAGCGUUCUACAGACCUCACAACUGGGGGGAAUUGCUUUUUUUUAGAGAGAUUGGAAGACGUCUUCUGAGAUGUUUCUUUUUCUCACCUCAGUGUUAAAAAAAUGUGAAAAAGCAGAAAAGAUUAUGUGUGCAUCUGGCAUGAUAGUCCUAAUACAGGCACUAUUGUUUUGGCUGUGGUUUUUACAGAAUGUGUGUUUAUAAUGGUUUGUGUCUGCAAGGACCAUGUGAAAUAAAUAAUGAGAAACACUGAA